AUGUACUCACGUGAUCGAAAAGAAAAGAGCCACCACGUAACACCAUCACGGAUGGGUGGGUCAUCGCAAACAACCCAACUUGCGCGUGAAGAUCACAAACAGCAGAAGCAGGAAUUCGGGCGUGGGAAGAUCAAUCUAAAAGGGGUAACAGUGAUAACAGCACAUGCUUGGCGCAAAGAAUCAGAUGUCGGGAAAUG